UUUACAUUUCUGGGAUUCGGUGGAUACAUUUAAAGUUUUGUUUCUUUACUCAGUUAUGUGUUCUUGUCUUGUUAGCUUUUCUGUCCUUUUGUUUUAUGCUUCACGGCUUGCUUUUUUUGAGGUGGGAUUUGUUUUAGUAAAUGUUGAGGUAUUAACAAUUAUUGGAAUUUAACAUGAAGUUCUGUUUCUCUUGGUUGAUUCUGUUUCUUAUGUAUUCAUAAUCAAGUGUCCAAGUAGGUUUUUUUUUUUUUAAUGCAUAAAAUCUAAACAAAAUGUGGUUUUCAUUGAUUCUGUUAUAUGUUAAAAUUUUCCCAUAAAUUCUACCAAGUAUCAUCUGCAUGGUUUAAUCAUGCACCAGAUAAGGGGAAAACAAUAGUUAUUUCUAAAUGAAGGGGGUAAAAAAUUUUCUUAUGUUAAAUAUCUGCAGACCUUUUACAUCCUUUGAGCUAUGUAAGAGCUGAGUUCAAUGGCGUCUUGGGUGAUCCCAAAUUGAGCUACCUUAGCAGCUUUCUCCAAUAUUCAACUGACUCGUCCAUUUUUGAUUAGUCAGAGUAUUGUAUGUGAUUGUAAGAAGUAACUUCAAUCACCCAAGUCUGUAGAUUUUCUAUAUUCUCAUGGCGCGGUCUCUGUGUUUCAGCUAGCCUAUAUUUCUCCCCAACUAAAAAGUUAUUGUUGGAAUUAUUUUCUAGAGAAUGGCAUCUUAGCUGCCAUCGAGCUGGUAGACAUGAUCAAGAUAGAAAAGUAUCCUAUGGAUGAAGCGUAGUUGAGCCUUUUAGCUAUCUUAUAAUUCAAGAUUUCAAUUUUAUUAAAUGUAUGAAUUAAAUAUAUAAUUCUGGGGGAUGCCAUUAUGCCAUAUAAUGAGGCAACACAUCCAACUGUUCAAUGGGAAACAACUGGGAAAAUGUAAUAUUGAUCUGUGGUGCUAAAGUUGGUCAUUUAUUCUUCAUUUAUAUACAUAGAUCUUUUCGCCAUGUCUUCAGUUUCUCUGCUUCACAGAGCUGAAUGGUGGAAUUUUUUCAACAUAAACACACCUAGGGUCCUUGUCAAUGAGAAAAAGAGUUGAUACUACCUAUUAUUGGCACUUCAACUUGGCUUCUGUUAGUAAAUAAUCCUAAAUUUUCCAAUUACAACUCAUAUUGAUCAACAAGUCCUCAUGUGGUCAGAAAUAUUUAUAAUGUUAAACUGUUCUAUAGCCAAGUAUGUCAUUAGAUAGAAUUACAGCAAAAAUCUUGCAAUGACUACAAUCAGUUUGGUGUUUUCUAUUUAAACUUUUAGUUGUGUAAAUGGUAUUAUUUGUCAGCAAGGACUUGUCUUAGUUAAAUGCUAGUAAUGAAUUUAUGGAAGUUUUUCAAUGUUUAUCUGAUAGUUGUGACAACAGGAAUUUUCUGGGACACAUUUCUCGCAAGGAAAGACAAAUUUUUCCUAGAUUGGCUGCCUUAUUGCUAUAUUAUUUGUUUCCCAGAUUGGCGGCCUUAUUGAUUAUUAGUGGUACUGCACUAUCUUAUAACCAUCAUUUCUCUGUGGAAACUGUUCAGGAAUGGAAAGCAAAGGGUGAAACAUCAUUUCAAGACUCAGUUAUUUGAGGAUGCAAGAUCUGAUAUCUAGUGAUCUAUUUGUUCAAUUCUUAUGAGGAAAAAAUGUUGAUGCUUGGAGAUUUUGAUUUAAAUUCAAUGCAAGGAUACACUGAUUCACUUAAAGAUAUUUUUAAGCAGACAAUGCUCAAUCAAGAGAUCUUAUUCAGAAAGCAGGUCCAUGAACUCCAUCGUCUAUAUAUUGUUCAGAAGACUCUGAUGAAGGAUCUUGCUCCCUUGGAGCAUGAGAAGUACAAUUCAUGGAAGGCAAAUGCACAAUCUCUGCCACAAGAAACCAGACUUCCCUCAAAUUCAGUUCCCAUGGUGGGCUCAACUGUAUCUUUAAGUCAGGAGUUGUUAGAAGGGUGGAAGGGAAAAUACCAUAAGUUCCCGCAAAGGUCUUUUGAUCUUCAACUUCUACCUGAUCAAUAUAUUAGUCUUAAUGAUAACAAUCUUCCACAUAAAGGAAAGGACGGGGAACAUUUAAAAGAAACUGUGGAUGUAAAUUCUCUCCAUGGUGGUGACUUCUCAGAUCCACUGGAGUUGAGGCUUUCCCUAAGCAAUGGUGUGGCCAACAGGACAAAGGAAGAUAAAAACAGAAGUUGGUAUGACAAGAAAACUAAUACCUUCCCUGGAAUUGUCAUUGAUUUGGAAGAAUCUACUGAGAAGCCCUCAGAAUCUGGAGGAAAGCAUGAUUCGCAAGUUACUAUCACAUCUGAUCCAAUCACUUCAAGAAGCGUGAAGAAAGAUCCAUCUCACAAGAUUGCAGAGAGUAGCUCCUUUGAUGGUGAUAGCAAAUGUGUCCAAGACUGGAACUAUUCUGGUCAAGGAUCAAAACACCAUGAAAAUUUGCCAUACGAAAAUAUUGUGACCAGGAAGAGGCAGUUCAUAUCAUAUGGAGUGGGACAUGUGGACCUCAAUGAAGUUCAGCUUGAUGAUUUGUCUUGUCAAUCAGAUGAUGCCAUAGUGGCCCAUCCUUCGACAACUAGCUCAUCGGGUGAUUUCAGUGUACUGGUUAGCAGGAGUGAGGAUCCCUUGUGUCCAACCACAUUUUGGAGAAAAGAAAUUAAGGAGUUCCCUAAUAAUGCUUUUGAGAUGCUUCAACAAGAUGAUGGUGUAAAUCUUGCUUUGAUGAAUUCCAAUAACAAAGAUAGGAGAACAGAGUUUCAAGUCAGAAAUUCUGAACUCAAUGGAAGGAACGAAUGUGAAAAAAGCCUCAUUAGUCAUGCAUAUGUUUCCAGGCCCCAAAUAAACCUUUCUGAAGACCUUGGCAGCCUCAGUGAAAACACCAAGCUUGGAAAGGAUGAGCUGAUGCUGGAACUACAAAAUUGUCCUGGUCAUGGUCCAAAACCUGCAUAUUUAGAUGCUAGACAAGUGUGCUGUGAGAAGACUGAAGCAGGGGACACUGUGUUGUUAUGUUCUGAUCAAAUCCAAUUUACAAUUGAAGAUGAACAUCCUGACAAGUCUCCUGCUUCAGGGAAGUCUAGCUGCAUUUCAGAUAAUGAUUCAAGAACUGUAAGGACUGUGCAAUCCGGAAUUGAACCCCACAAUUCAAAUCUUCCUGUUUCUGAUCAGUUUUCAGGAACCCAUGGAGGAUCUCCUAUUGCAGAAAUUUUAUCAGGUGAGCAGGAUCAAAGAUCUUCUGACAGUAAUGAAAUAAAACAUGAUUGCUACAAUAAAAGCGAAGAAUCAGCUGAAGUGGAUGAUUUGAUCCAAAUAGCGGCUGAAUCACUUAUCCAUAUCUCCUUGGAGAAUUCAUCUUGCUAUCAGGAAUCUUCAACCCAGGCAGGAUCCAAUGAGUUGGAUAAUGAGGACAAGGAGCAGCCACAGUGUUCCUCUGAUUCUUUUGAGUUAAUGACUCUGAAACUGACAGAAAGCAGUGCUGAUGACUUUUCUGUUUCAUCAAAGCCAUUUGAAGUAAGUGACUCAGAGAGAAAAGAUUUUGGUAUCAAGUUGAGAAGGGGAAGGAGACUAAAGGAUUUUCAGAGGGACAUACUACCAGGUCUUGCAUCUCUUUCUAGACAUGAAAUUUGUGAAGAUAUAAACAUUCUUGAGGGAGUUUUAAGAUCAAGGGAAUACAGGAAAAUGAGAGCUAAGAUGGCUAAUGGAGAGAGUUGGUGCACACCAGUGAGAAGCAGACGGUCAAGACUCAAUUAUGUUGGAAGAAAAACAUUUAGAUGAUAUUCAAGUUGGAGUUCGAAACUUCAUCGGAUUUUAACAUAAAUGUAUUGUGUAAGCCAAUAUCUUUUAACUGCAAAUAAUCUUUAAGCUCAUUCAUUGAUCUAGAAA